AUGGACGCCGUCUACAUGGAGCAUUCAGGUAAUUGCAACGCCCUCUUCGUCUCUACACCCAUUACGUCAACGUGGGCGUUGGCGGCUGGUGGACUUCAAAAGAAGUGGAAGGGUCUGAAGCAGCGUACGGCGUGGCGUUACAAGACCUUAAAGGACGAUGACACGGCCAUCGUCUUCUGCGAUGAGCAAGAAAAGGAGGUGCAUCUAAAGCCUCGCAAGCGACGGCUGGACGACCCUCUGGCUUGUCAUAACGUGCUUGCUGCAGCGUCCACAUGUAGUCUUAAUGGCAUCUUAGGCGCUACGUCACCCGAAGUAUCGAGCCAAUUCUGCAGGACCAUGGUCGGAUUCAUGUUACACUCAUGCUCACCGUCCGAGCGUGCGAAAGUCCUAGAUGUCCUCACAAGGCAGCGGCUUGAGGAGAUCACAAUUGCCAACCGAGCGUUGGUCAUUCGAGGUAUUCAGCAUUGCUUGAUGUCACCAUUGAUACGUGGCAAGGCGGCACUGCAUACUGCGGCGACGAAUGUAGUCUGCGGCACGUACGGACUCGAGUUGUCGGUUCUCAAGGAGCAAAUACACUCAGACGAGGAAGCUUUUAUCGAUACCUCGGGGCAUUUUCAGCUUGAAGAUGGUGGAGACCGAAAACUGCACACACAGGAAGUGCCGCCGCACAAUGGAGACCUCAUCCAGCUCAUUUACGGCAACAAAAAUAUCACUGAAGUCGUCACAAUGAUGCAACAUAUCGCAGUGGAGAGUGUCAAGGUGAAGGAGCUCCAGCCCAAUCUGAUUAAAGUAGUGAGUGACAUUGAUGACACGCUUUUCCCCGGGUGGAUCGAUAAGCGCUACCCGCUCCACAUUCCGUAUCCUGGCGUCUCGACUCUCUUCGCUCGUCUGUCUCGUGGACUGGCACACGACGCAAACGGCGAAACCGCUCGUCCUUCCAUCACUUUCCUCACUGCUAGACCUCGAGGAUGGCUGAGUGUGGGACGCUACUUGACUCUACAACACUUGAAAAGUCUGGGUGUACCGAACGUCACAGUGCUCAAUGGAUCGGUUAAAGGUCUCGUGAGCAACGAGAAGAUUGCCAGUCUCAAACUGGACAACUUCUCUCGCUUUGCAGCGUUGUUUCCCGAGUUCAAGUUCGUCUUCUUCGGCGACUCAGGUCAAGGCGAUGCCUUGUUGGCUUCGCGAUUAUUGACAAGCUGUCCGGAACAGGUACUUGCUACUUUCAUUCAUGACGUGAAUCCGAUCUUCGCUCGAACAGGUGAUGGGGGACUGAAGCGAGCGUAUGCUGCUGAAGGCGUCGAGUUCUUCGGAACGUAUGCAGGUGCUGCGUUAGCUGUGCACAAGAAAGGGUUGAUCUCGACUGAAGACGCACUGGCAGUUGUAGAUGCCUCGGAGAAGGAACUUGAGGAGAUUCUCUUCCUGGGACCAGAAGCGACUCUGAUGAAGAGUGAACGACGCCAUGAGUUGCAGCAAGAUCUUGACCUAAUCGAGACGAAGCUAAUUGUAUCCAAUCAGAUGCAGUACAUUUUCCGAUUUCUUCGUAGUCAUGGAUCGCCAGGAAGCGCGAACUCGCAUGCUGCGCUUGUGGCUGGCGGUGAGCGAUACAACUCGCACCUCUAUCCACACAACACAGAGUACCGUGGUGCACGCCGACAAGUGCUGAGAGACCAGGAUAUUGCGCAGCUGGAGUCGCCGCUGACGACCUCGGAGCUGCGAGCGCUGCUACUCGCCGACAAAUGAGCACGGAAGCUCGCUGUGGUCAUAGCAACGUACAUGUACAUGUUUAUGGUGGAGAGAAGUGGGUCCAAUCUACAACGUACGACAUUAUUUUCACUAU